AUGGAUCUUGUACAGACAUGGCGGUUGCAGGUGCGGUGUCUGUCCUUCCGGCAGCCUUAUGCCGGCCUGGUUCUGGACGGGGUGAAGACGGUGGAGAGCCGCUGGCGGCCGCUGCUGGCCCCGCUGGAGAACCAGACGCUGGCGGUCCACGUGGCCCGGCGGGACUGGGAGGGGGACGAGUGGAUGGCGGUGCUGAGCGGCCCGCUGGGGAUGAACGGUGCUCAGAUCGAAGCGCUGCUGGAGUCCGGGGAGCGGUUCGGCCGCGGCGUGGUGGCAGGAUUGGUGGAUGUAGGCAGAACCUGGCUCUGCACGGCCUCUCUGAACGGGGUGGAGCUACAGCGUCUGGAGCAGUCAGCCGUGCUGACUGGUCUGGAGGAGAAACACCUGACUCACCUGUCCAACCCUCGCUGGCUGAAGGCAACCGCUAAGAGUGCGAGGAGUCGUGAUCUCUGGACUGUGGAGAUCCCCGAAGAACUGUUACCGUGAUGACACGUACAUAAUCACAAACAUAGGUGUGGCACAGCCGAGAAGCCCAACCCCAUACAGCACCCCCUGCUGGAGGGACCCAGCUCUGAACUGCAGGAAACCUAAAAAUCUCAGCUCUGACAGAGGCCUACAUCCCUAUGUGAGAAUACUGUAAAGUCGAGCUGUGGCACUGACCUCAGGUCAGUUUGCUGUGAGACGCUCUGAGGUCGUCAGCAGACCUGAACUCAUCGGUAGUUUGAUGGAACUUUUAGUUACUUCAGAGUAGUGUAACUUAUGUCAUUAAUUUUCAAACAAAUGUUUCGAUAAAAACACAGAAAGUCCAUUAGCCCCCGCCUCUCAUCUGUCCGUCAGAGCAGGAGGACCAAUCGGACGCUGCAGAGCAAUGAAAGCAGCGGUCAGGAGGCUGCAGUUUGUUCUGCUUAAUUUUAGCGAGUAAGCUCUCUGAAGAUUAAAACUUAAUGCUGCUCGACUGUCACUUAUUGUUUAAAUAAAGGUUUCAAAAUAAAGCAGUGCAGUACGAAGCGAGUUCAGCAUACCCUUCCUGCUCGGUAAGGUAACCCCGGGUUUAACCUGCAUUCACACUGGCAGCAUCACAGGGGGUGUUUCACGGGUCAUGUGACUUUUCCUCCACAGAAAAUGAUCCCUAUGAGUGCCACCUACUUCAGAGACGGUAUCAAAUACAAACCUAUAAAGAACAAAGUAUUCCAGAAAAAAGGCAGCUCUGCAAACAGGUCACAGGAUUUAUGCCAGAGAAGAAACGGGUCAAUAUGCUGGUUUCAGACAGACAGACAGUCUCACAGACAGGAAGCUGAUGUGGAAAUCAGAUCAGAGUGAAAUUAAUGUGACUGAACAGGUAUGGACAGGUGUUCUUGGUGUGUGUGUUUCCAGCAGGUUAGAAUCAAGCAGGACAACAUUUGGACGUUUCUUGCAUCACCGCAGGACUCUGUGCACGUUCAGUCUGAGCUGCUGUAACUUCACAGCUUCAUUCAGAGAAACGUGUUCCCAGCAGAGAGUCUGCAUCACUCUGAGAACAUGCUGGAAAUAAACUGAGGCACUGAACAUCACCUGCUGACAGGUUUAGUUUGUUUCCCCUUAGCUGCAGACACGCUGCUGUUUAAGGGUUUCAGAACAAAGAUUAAAUUUAAAAACAGAAUUCAAACGCAGGCUGAGUCUGCAUACAGAUUUGAUAUGAGGUCAAAUUGUAGGUGUCCUGUUUAGGAUCAUAUUUUAACUC